GCCAGGGAGUGGGAGUGUGGGUGAUCUCGGAGGGGAAGUGGUGGCAGGUGCGUCGAGUCUCGAGUGUUCACUCGCUUAUUUGUGCUGAAGUGGACGCACAAGUUCACAAGAUUGGUUGAGCUUUUUGCUUUUGGCACCAUUGGAGAUUCACUCACUCACUCACCAUGAAAUCUAAUUGAAAUCAUGGUUUGUUGGAUGCAAAAACGACGGGAUGACUGAACAGUACCACGAAAUUGAUCACCGAUCCAUUUUCGGACGGCAGGAUUGGCUCCAGCAGGCCGAAGGAAGAAAGGCCCUCAGUCGAGGACACCCAUUUCCCGAGAGCUCCCGGUGGACCGCGCCAUGGAGAAACGGAUGGCCAGCGAUGCCCAGCGGGGCACGAGGAUGGGCGCCACGAGGAUGGGCGGCCCUGCGGCGGCACGGCCGCGACGGGCGGCCACGUGGCGUUUCGUCGAAGCUUUGGCAACGGCUUUGGCCCAGUAAGGAGCGCUAUGAACGCCAAGUCACAUCUUCAUUGCGAAGCAGCCGCUGGGCACUUGCAGCUGCGUUGAUUGACGAGUCGCGACUGAUAGGAUCGCCACUUCGCUUCACACCGAGCUUCGUGUUGCAUCUCGCACGAGUGGCUCCAUGGCAAGUCUCCUUGGACGCAUUUUUGCAGCUUCGUGAGGAGGGCUACCUCGAGGCGCCGCAGCGUUGCACGAGCGCCGUGCUGGCUGCGUGCCUCUUGGGCGGAUCGACGGUGCUGAACGAGCGGAUGGGCGGAGGGCUUGCGGAACCAUCGGCCUCUGGUGCUGUGCGGUGGAAUGAGUUUUUUGAGCCAGCCCAGGGAGACUGGCAGAAGAUGCUCUUCUUGGUCGAUUCACUUCUGAAACAGUUGCCACACUUGUUGAAGGGUGAGGAUGCCUCCAUUGCCUUCAACAUUCCUCUGCAAGCUUGCUUCAAGUCUCGGAAGUGGGAACACGUCCUGGCUCUCUUGUCGCAGAUGUGCCGUCACCACGUGCCGCGCAGCGUCUCGACCUUGGGCUCGGCGUUGGCCGCGUGUGAGCGGUCGAGCCAGUGGUCCCGGGCACUGUCGGUGCUGCAGCACGCCGAGCACAACCAGUGGCCCUGGCGAAGGAUUCAACCCAAUGUGGUGUGCUUCAACAGCGCCAUUGCCGCAUGUCAACAUGUGGCGGAAUGGCGGUGGUCGUUGCGCCUCCUUUGGCAUGCCAUCGACCUUCAGCUCCAUCCCGAUGCCGUGACUGUGGCCUCGGCCCUGCGCGCCGCGCCCCGCGCCGUCGACGCCGGCGCCGGGCUCGGUGCGGCACGGCUGCUGGAGGAGCUCGACCGGCGUGGCACGGUGCCGGUAGAGGUGCUGAAGGAAACGGAGCGGCGCAUGUUGUCCCACGUGGGGUCUUGGUUGGUGGCUUUGCAACACCUUGAAGACUUUGGAGGUGAAGCAGAUGCGACGUCUUUGAACUCAACCUUGGUUGUGAUGAAAAGGGAACGACGCUGGCUUGCAGCCAUGCAGCUGUUGAUGCAUCCAUCUGCAGAUGCCAUUAGUGCAAUGACUGCCACAACUCUACAAGAGGAAUGUCAGCAGCCUCCUGCUAUGUUGGCGACUCUUCCCCGCUUGGCCAGAGAGACCAAGAUCUUGCUCGUGGGCAACGCUGAGGAAGCUCAUGGUGGAAAUGGGCUCCAGGUGGCCCUGGAGUGUUGGGACCUCUUGGGACGCUCGUGGCACGACCGCGACGUCGGGCGGCUGGCGGAGUGGAAGAUGGGUCGCCGGCUGUGCGAGGACCUGAAGCGAUUCCGUGCACCAGAAAGUGGGCCGCGUGGGAGCCGGGCCGUGGAGCUGGUGGAAGUGGUGCCCCAUGGGGGCAGUUUCACUCGAGAGCUGCUGACAAGCCUUCAGAUCAAGGUCAAGGCCGCUCCGAGCAAGUUCAUGCUGUCCGGGCCGCCGGUGGAUGCGGAGAACGCCUGA